GAGUGACUUUUUAUUAUUCAUUUUCAUUUCAGUCCAUCUCAGUAUCCUUUCGAAGAGUUUGGCUUAGCUGGUGUUACCGUACUUAUUGUGAUAAAUUUGUAGUAAGGAGCAUAAUUUCCGAUACCAGAUAUGGCGAGGCCAGGUAAAGAAGAUGCUUCGGAGGAUGCUAAGAAAAUAGUAGACGAUGCUAAGAACUUUAUUGAAAAGGCGAUAUCAGAUAUCGGAAAGACAUCAGCAACAAAGCAGUUAAUUUUAGGAACUGCGUCAGGAUGGAUAACUGGAUUCAUUUCAAUGAAAAUUGGGAAAUUCGCUGCUGUUGGUUUAGGCGGAAGUGUUAUACUGUUACAUAUUGCCAGCCAAAAAGGGUACAUUGACAUAAAUUGGGACAAAAUCAAUAAGAAGGUUGAUAAAAUCACAGACAAAAUUGAAAAGGAAGCCACAGGACAAUCACCAGAUUGGUUUGAAAAAGUCGAGAGGUUUGUGGACCGUAAAUUGGAUAAAGCCGAAGAUUUAUUAAAGAAGAAGGAAGUGAAAGCUAAACGUUGGGUGCACAAUUUGAAAGGAGAUGAGCACUACAGGGCCACAGAGUCACACGUAUUUUUGGCUUCAUUUGCUGCUGGCAUGGCUAUUGGGCUCCUGUGUGGAAAAUAGACCGUUUGUUAUUUAUGUGUAUAAUACACAGCAAAAUAACUUAAAACUGCAUUGCAUUACUAGAUGUUUCUGAUAUUUUUCAAACAGUAUGAUUGUCUAGUCUGCAUCUAAUGUAUGCAACAUGUUAUUAUAGAAUCGAAAUUAUGUCCAAUUAUGUAUUAUGCUUUUAGGUUAGUUGUUAACAUUUUAAGAUUUAACCCUCAUUAAUAAACUAUAUUUAAAUAUCUUAAAAGAGAA